AUGGGGUUUAGGCAGAGGUGGAGAUCGUGGGUUAUGGAGUGUGUGGCCACAGCUUCUAUGUCAGUUUUGAAAAAUGGCUCGCCGUCCAAGCCAUUCAAGAUAGAAAGAGGUUUGAGACAAGGUGACCUGCUUUCUCCUUUCUUAUUUGUUUUGGUUGUGGAUGUGCUACAUCGAAUGAUUGGAGAAGCAGUCAAGAAUGGCCGUAUAUCUCCAUUGUUGGUUGGCAGAGAUAGUAUAGAGUUGUCACAUCUUCAAUUUGCUGAUGAUUCAAUUCUGUUUUGUCCGCCAGACGAGGAGAUUAUCAAGAAUUACAAGCGUCUUUUGAGAUGCUUUGAGUUGAUGUCAGGCCUCAGUAUUAAUUUUUACAAGUCGAGCUUGAUACCAAUAAAUUGUGACGAGCAUUGGGUCCAGAGUAUGUGCAGCUUAUUGGAUUAUAAGGGCGAUACACUUCCAGUUAAAUACCUUGGAAUAUCCUUAGGAGUAAAUCUGAGGGGAUUGUGGGUUUUGGGAUGGGUUUUAGUGGAUUUGAAACUUCCAAUAGAGGAGAAAUUACUCCCAAAGGAGGUUACCAGCUACAACUUCACUAAGACUGUCUGGAAAGGUGUGGAAUGCGUGAAUAUCAGUGUUUGGCCGCCUAUGGUCCUUUCCGGGUUCGAUGAAAGAGCAUUUCUUAUAUUGGACAGAGGAACCGAGGAGAAAGGAGGAUAG